AUGCCAAAGUUUCGCACUGGAGUACCAGCUACAUUAGGAUACUUUCCUGUCAUGCCAGAAAGCACAAACAUGCUCAUAUCUCCUUUCCCCAACUGGAAAAUGAACUACCAAGGAAACUGUUGGAACCUCCAAAGUGUAUUAGGAGCAGAGAUAGACCGUAAAGGCAUCAUGUGGGUCUUGGAUGGGCACCGGUCCAGCAAUAUGAUCAACGGGAUCAGAUGCCCACCCAAACUGGUUCGACUUGACUUGAACUUAGACGGAUCACCAGUGCAUGUGUUCAACUUUCCAAAUGAUGUUUGUCUAAGAGACGGAGGUUUUUUAAAUGAUAUCGUCAUUGACGACACAAAUGGUACUUACGCUUAUAUAAGUGAUAACUCUGUUAUCGACCCUGGGCUCGUAGUUUACUCUUCCAGAGACAACACAGCUUGGAAAUUACGGGACGGUUCAAUGUUUCCUCAAGUCUUAGCUGCAGGUUACAUCAUUGAUGGGUUCAAAAUGGAUUAUUUUGGAACCGUAGAUGGAUUAGCACUCUCUCCUGUAACCGGAGAAGGGCCUAGAACAUUGUUCUACUCAUCUUUGACCGGGUACAGCCUUUAUUGUAUCACCACUGAUAUCCUACAGAAUCAAACACUUGCUAUGUUAGACACUUGGAGGGAAAAUGUGAAAUACGUAGGAGACAAAGCAGGCUCUUCAGAUGGAUUGAUCAUGGACAAUGCUGGAAAUCUUUACUACACUCUUGUAUCUAUAUCUGGAGUGGGAAAGUGGAAUAUGUUCGAAUCAUUCGAUAAGGCUAAAGUGUUUUACAUCAACCCCAAGACUAUGGUAUGGCCAGAUGGCUUCACCAUGGAUUCGCAAGGCAAUUUGUUUCUGAUCAAUACAUAUGGAUUUAGAUUUUUUGCUUCGAACGAGACCCUUCAGUUUACACCUGAUAUGAUCAAGUUCAGGAUACAUGUAAUGCACACGGGUACGAAAAGUUACUUGUAUGAAUAUCAUCACAAUAAAGAUACAUAA